UUGCUUAUCGAAAUGUAAUGAUCAGUUUUUGUUGUAAUAAAAGGUGAUAUAGACAGAGUUUGAUAUCCCCGAUCUUUACUAAGAUAUAUUAGGCGCCAUGGCCGCCGAUCAAGAGCAAUUUUACCAAAUACUGACAUCACUUUUAUCCACAGAUAAUAAUAUCAGAACUCAAGCAGAGGAUGCUUAUUCAAAUUUGCCUAUUGAAACGAAAGUGAGUCACCUGUUGGGGGCGAUCCAUAAUGCCAACUUGGGCGAUGAGGCCAGACAGAUGUCCGCAGUUCUGCUGCGGAGAGUCUUCUCCAACGACUUUAUGGAGUUCUACCCAAAAUUGCCUGCCGAGAGCCAGGUGCAGUUGAAAGACCAGGUUUUGCUGGCCGUACAGCAGGUACAGACCGAACAGCUGAGGCAUAAAGUGUGUGAGGUUGUCGCUGAAGUUGCAAGGAAUUUGAUAGAUGAUGAUGGAAACAACCAGUGGCCUGAAUUUCUACAGUUUCUUUUCCACUGCGCAAACGACCCGAAUCCGGUCCUCAAAGAGGCCGCCCUCCAGAUGUUCACCAGCGUGCCGGGAGUGUUCGGCAACCAGCAGAACAACUACCUGGACCUCAUCAAACAGAUGUUGCUGCAGAGCCUCGCUCCCACCGAAGCCUACGAGGUGCGAUUCCAGGCCGUACGGGCCGUAGGCGCCUUUAUCUUGAUUAACGACAAGGAGACGCAGAUAUUGAAACACUACGCCGACCUGCUGGCGCCCAUGCUGCACGUUAUAGCGGAGAGCGUGCAGCAGCAGAACGACGAUACUCUCUUGAAAGUUCUCAUCGAUUUGGCGGAGAACACACCGAAAUAUCUUAGGCCUCAAUUGCUUCCGAUCUACGAUAUGUGCAUGAAGAUCUUCAGCGACGCUGGCGCUUUGGACAGCUGGAGGCAGUUGGCUCUUGAAGUUAUGGUCACAUUGGCUGAAAUGGCGCCGGCGAUGGUCAGGAAAAAUGCCAGCAAGUACAUGGAACAGCUCAUCCCGCUGAUAUUACAAUUCAUGGCCGACCUGGAGGAGGAAGACGGUUGGGCGGAAUCCGACGAGCUUCUAGACGAAGAUAACGACUGUAACAACGUCGUAGCCGAAGCUGCUUUGGAUCGCUUAGCCUGCGGAUUAGGCGGGAAAAUCAUUCUGCCGCUCGUAACGCAGAGCAUCCCCAGGAUGUUGGCCAGCCCCGAUUGGAAACAACGACAUGCCGCCCUGAUGGCGCUCAGCGCCAUCGGGGAGGGUUGUCACAAGCAGAUGGAAGGUAUGCUCGCUCAGAUCAUGGACGGGGUGCCGGGCGUCAUGGAUGGCGUCCUCAGAUACCUCCAGGAUCCGCACCCUAGAGUUAGGUAUGCCGCUUGCAACGCCGUGGGGCAGAUGUCUACUGAUUUCGCCCCGGUGUUCGAGAAGAAGUUUCACGACAGGGUGGUGCCGGGACUGCUGAUGUUGUUGGACGAUAACGGUAAUCCGAGGGUCCAAGCUCACGCCGGAGCCGCCUUGGUAAAUUUCGCCGAGGAUUGCCCGAAGCACAUCCUCAGCGGUUACCUGGAUGCCCUCAUGGGCAAACUGGAGGGCAUCCUCACGGCUAAAUUCAAAGAACUGGUAGAGAAAGGCACCAAACUGGUCCUGGAGCAGGUCGUGACGACAAUCGCGAGUGUCGCCGACACGGCCGAGACUGAAUUCAUUGCCUACUACGACCGACUGAUGCCCUGUUUGAAGUACAUCAUACAGAACGCAAACAAGGAAGAACUGAAGUUAUUAAGAGGUAAGGCGAUCGAGUGCGUUACUUUGAUCGGAAUGGCCGUGGGGUCGAAGAAGUUCAGCGCCGACGCCACCGAGGUUAUGGAUAUGCUCCUGAAGACGCACGGUGAUGGGGCGGAGUUACCGGACGACGAUCCGCAGACGAGUUAUUUAAUUUCGGCUUGGUCUAGGAUUUGCAAGGUUCUUGGUAAGAGCUUUGAACAAUACUUACCUUUGGUUAUGGGACCAGUAAUGAGAACGGCUUCCAUGAAGCCGGACGUGGCGCUUCUGGAUAACGAUGACAUGCAGGGGGUGGAAGGCGACGACGAUUGGCAGUUCGUGUCUUUGGGCGAACAGAAGAAUUUCGGAAUACGCACUGCUGGCUUGGAAGACAAAGCGGCGGCCUGCAGCAUGCUGGUCUGCUACGCCAGAGAACUGAAAGAAGGCUUCGCCAAUUACGCCGAGGAGACGGUCAAACUGAUGGUGCCUAUGCUCAAGUUCUAUUUCCACGACGGCGUGAGGAACGCGGCCGCCGAGUCGCUCCCUUCGCUGCUGGAGUGCGCCACGUGCAAGGGUCCCGCGUUUGUCGGGGACAUGUGGCGCUUCAUCUGCCCCGAACUGCUCAAGGCCAUCGACACGGAACCCGAAAGCGACGUGCUGAUGGUGAUGCUGGACUCUCUGGCCAGAUGCGUACAGAAACUGGGACCAUCCUACAUCGACCAGGAGUCCAUGACUGAGAUACUUAGGAUUAUCGAUAAAUUGAUGAAGGAGCACUUCGAGAGGGCCAACGACAGGCAUAAGAAGCACCUGGACGAGGAUUACGAUGAGGAGGUGCAGGAGCAGCUCGAAGACGAGGAAUCCGACGACAUAUACGUCCUCAGCAAGAUCGCCGACGUGGUGCACGCCAUGUUCAUGGUCUACCGAGACAACUUCCUGCCCUUCUUUGACCAGAUCUGCAGCCACUUCGUCAGCCUGUUAACGCCGAACCGGGGCUGGGCGGACCGCCAGUGGGGCAUAUGCAUCUUCGACGACGUCAUCGAAUUCACCGGUCCAGCCUGUGCCAAAUACCAGGGAUAUUUCUUGCAGCCGCUCGCCGUCUACGUCAAGGACAAGAGCUGCGAGGUGCGUCAGGCCACCGCGUACGGCUGGGGGGUCCUGGCCCAGUUUGGUGGAGACCAGUUCGCCGCCGAACUGGCCAAAAUCCUACCUGCCCUGGUGGAGGUGAUCACCGAUCCUGAAUCGAAGGAUCCCAGGAAUAUCAACGCGACUGAAAAUGCCAUCUCGGCCAUUACGAAGAUCAUGAAGUAUAACAAUUCCCAGAUCAACCUGAACGAGAUUAUUCCCUUGUGGUUCUCUUGGUUGCCCGUUAUAGAGGACGCCGACGAGGCCCCACACGUGUACGGAUAUUUAUGUGAUCUUAUAGAGCAGAAUAAUCAACAUGUUUUAGGUGCAAAUAAUUCAAAUAUUCCAAGGAUAAUAAACAUAAUAGCGGAGGCGUUCUUCAGAGAGUCCAUCGAACCGGCCAACCCGGAGGGCUUCAGGAUGCUGAACAUCGUCAGGCAGGUGCAGUCGGACGAGACGUUUUUCCAGAACCUGGUCCAGGCGAUGCCCUCCGAGCUACAGCAGGCACUCCACGUCGCUUUGCACACCCCGCCCUCCACUUAGCUAAAGGCGUCCGUCUAAUUAUCGUUUUAAACUUAUUUUUUAAAUAAUUCAGAGUUAAAUUAAAAGUUAUAGCUAUAUCAUUAUUUUUUAUAUAUGUAUGACGUUAUAACUGGAUUUUUAUGUUUGUGAAGUUGAUUUGACUUUUACUUAUUUCUUUUCGUAAGGUCAUCUACCUACCCUCGUUUAGGUAACUAUUUAUCUUUAAUCGAUGAUUGUUGUAUAUAGAUUUUCGCAACUCUGAACUGUAUGUGAUACUUUUUUUCAUUAAAUUCACAAUAAAAAUAUUUUUGUCUACAAGUUUUGAUUAUCGUUAAGUGUUUUCGAGGUUAUUACUCACAAUGACAAUGUUAUUACAUCUCAAUAAAAACAUUUUCGCUAUG